AUGCGUCAAGAAUUUUCUGAGCUACACGAUGAACCUGAUGAAGUUGAUAAUGAACGUUAUGUUACUUUGAGUUCAGAUGUUGAGAAUCGUAACAAAGUCAAAUCAAUUGAAUUAAAUGAAGAAGCUAGUGUUGACACACAAAUUGUAUCAAAUACUCGUCUUGCUCACUUUGAAGAUACAAAAUUGGAACUUGAUAUACGAAAAUUAGCAAGUCUUGGUUUAUCAUUACAAGAAGAACAUGUUCCAUGGAUAUUUUUCGCAACAUUUUCUAAUCAAUCACAACAAUUAGCAAAACAUGUCCUUUGUGAAGAUUAUGUUUUUUUUCUAUGA